GCCCAAGUUUACCCAUUCCGCAUGAAUGUAAAAGAAGAGUUGGAGGAGGUUGCGAAUAAAGAGGAAAUUUUGGAAUGUCAUCAGAGAAAAUACUAGAAACAACUGUAAUAGGAACCAGGCUACCUUUGAUGAAGUAGGCUUAGAAGAUGAUAUAAUUGCAAAUUUAUAUAAUCAAGAAGCAGCACCUAAUGCUGAAAUGAAAGCCUGUGAUAGCCUGCAGUGUAUAUGGAAACCAUACGGACUGUGAAGAUGAGGCUGAAAUACAGUGUGUGGCAUUGAGGUAUACCGACCUUUAAGGAAGAAGAUCACCGACCUUCAAGAAAGAAGAUCACCGGUCUUCAAGAAGGAAGACACCAAAGAUAUGUGUAAAACUUUUCUGUUUUGUAAUGUAAGGACAUCAACCCUUCCGUGUUUCACGUGGAAGUGCUGAUGGGGGGGUUGUCUAACAUUACAGGACAUAUUGGGACAUAUUGAUGUAUUCGAUACUGUAGACUUUUAGGGGAUGUUGAUACAGAUAUGCAAAAUGUAAAGGGAAACUUUGGUGAUGUUUAAAUAUUGUACUGUGUCAAUAUUAGGACAUUUUGCACAGAAAGAACAAAAAUAGAAUUAAUGUAAAUAUAUAUUAGUGUUAGUAACCUAUUUUCAUUCAAUUUUGUAAUUAUAUUUCAUUUUGUAGAAGAAAGACUCACUGUUUGCUGUAGCUCUGAUUAAUUGUAUAAAUUAUCAGUUUUGAGCUAAAUUAUUUCGUAUAAUAUGGACAAGAUACUUUUUAAAAACUCACCAGCUAAAGAGAAAGUCUGUGAAUGAACGUUUGAUGCACACUUCUGGAACUUUCUAUGGAGAAAUUCUAUAUUAUGAUCGCAAAAAUACGAAAACUUGUGAAAACUGUUUCAUAACCUAAUUUCGAAAGACGAUUUGUAUCAAGAAAUAUUGCUAAAAAGAUUUAUUUACAUUUUGAAACACGAUUUAAAUCGUUUUACAUAUAAAUAGUUGUUCUAAAUCACUCAAGAAAUAUCCGGAAUCAAAUGUCAAGAUAUUUCUGGAAACAUCGGUACAAAUCUGGUGAAGGUUAUCCAGAAGCUGGUAGAAAAAUGUUAUAAAAUCUAUUUGGAAAUUAUGCUUGUAAGAAUUUAUAUGUACUGAUCCUUUUACUUACUUUAAUCUGUACUAAAAUUCUGUAAUGUCUAAUUUAGUUUUAAGUCAUGAAUUGCUAUCGUAUUAUAAACAAAACAUUGUCAAAGACUCUCAUUGUUUGGAAAGAUAUUAAUACACCUAGGAGUUGUCAGUGGCCAGUUCGGAUAUGCAGUGCGAUAAGCUUUGAGAGUCAGUUGUUGAGUCUGUGAAGUCUGUCAGUUCUUUUUGUAAAUUAACGUCUGUAAUGAAGAAUUACUUGUUGUUGUCAAUAUGAACUCAAGACCUUUUGCACGAAGCAGACACCUCUUAAUGCAACGUUUUAAUUUGGUGUUGAGGAGCUGAAAUGUUAUAAGUACCACCCUUCUUGUAUGCUGAUUAUUUCUGCCUCUUACUCUUGCUCCUCUAGUGUGCAUGGUGCUGAAUGUAGACUGCAAGGCACCAUAUGAAAGAGGCAGUCAUGGGCACUCACCCUUGGCUUUUGGUAUUCAGCUGCCAAGACCCAUGUCACAGUUUUCUGUCAACAUCAUAUGGUUCGUCCACAACCAGAACUUUAUGUUGAUGACAAACUACUAAAUGUGGCAGGAACUUACUGCUUUUUAGGCCUGGUCUUUGAUUCUUAGUUGACAUGAAUUCUCAAUCUCUUGUAUUGUAAGUGAAAGAGCUUGCUGGGCCUCACUACACAUUGUCACCUGAGUAACACCAGCAGGGGUGCAGAAUGCACUACCCUUCUGCAGCUUACAAAGCCAUGUUACAACCCUAUCUUCGGUAUGGGAGUCUGGCAUAUGGUUCGAUAUCAUUGUCAGCAUUGUGGAUACAGGAUCUGAUGAACCACUGUGGGGUUUGAUUUGCAACAGGAGCCUUUUGAACUAGUUCUGUGGACAUAUUACUCACAGAGUUUGGAGUCCACUCACUGUGUAUCAGGUGCAACAACAGCUUCUCAGUUACGCUAUGUGUGUUUGCAACUCUCGUAAGCAUCCACACUAUCAUCCCCUCUUUCCAAACAUGGAAACCCAUCUUCCACAACAAUGGCUCAGAUCAGGGAUUUUGAUCGCAGUCCACACCCUGUCCCUCCCCUGUGGACUCUGUUUAUUUCUUCCUCCACCUCUCCUCUGGGCGCACUGAAGUACACUUCUGUGGGGAACCCAUUGAUCACAGCUUUGUGUUAACCUAUCGUGAGGUCUGAAAGACACGGUCCCUCCUGAGGCCUUCUGCCACCAAUUUUUGUCCAUCCUUGGUAAAUCCUCGAUUUCAGCAGUAGUCUAUACUGAUAGCUUGAUAGUUGCUAAUCACAUGGGCUUUCCUCACACUGUCACUGGUCAUACUGAAUUGCUUUCCUUGCUGGAAGCUGUAAUGUUGGUAGCCAUCUCUCAUGCUCUUGAGCAUAUCCUUUCCUCCUCUUGGCCAGUUGGAAAGCUUUCAACCAGUAUUACCCUCAGCAUCCCUUGUUCGUUGCUAACCAGUAUUCCCAGUAUGCCCUUUACCAAUGUGGAUGCUCAGUGGUGAUUGUUUGGACUCCAGGUUCAUGUUGGGAGCCCUGAGAAUGAACUUGGUGAUAGCUUGCCCAAAUGGGCUACCAGUAAACUGGCUCUGGUAAUUAGUAUUCUGGAAACAGACCUCUGAUUGGUAUUACACCAAGUUUUAGGAACUUGAAAUAUGGAAUGAAUCACUGCAGCUUCAAACAACCAGUGAGAAGGAGACUACAAAUCUAUGAAUUCCCUCCAUGCAGAACUCUUCCAAGCAUUCUACCGUCCUUUGCCAGCUCUACAUGAGCCGUAUCUGGUUGACUCACGGUAAUCUCCUCCAUUGCCACCCCACUGUUGUCAUUCCCAUUCAACAAUGGUCUACAUUUUGCGGUACUGUCCAACCUAGCCACCCUGUGGCACAAUCUUAAUCUCUCUAAUGCUCUACCCCUGGUGUUAAGAGAUGAUGCCUCAGUGGCUGACUUAAUUUCACAUUUAAUUCAUGAGGGCUAUUACCGCUCUCUUUAAGGGAGGGCAACUUAAAGUUAUCAGCGCAUUGGCAUUUGUAGAACAUUGUGUUGCCACCUCUGCCCAGACCAGGCUUGGUGGACCAGCCCGGUUUUCACCCUACCUGCUCUUUUACUCUUCUUCCCUCCUCUUCCAUUAAUCUUUUGUCUCUGUACUUCUCUUGUCCAGUCUGUGUUGCUAGUCUUUCCGAAACUGUUUGAGUACCUCUCUUAAGUGGUGAGGACUGGGGGAUGUAUGUCCCCUCAUUGCAUUCUGCUCUCUUGUGCCUCUGGCUGCUCCCUAUAUGGGGCACCUUGCCUGCCUUUCGUCGUUUGUCUACUGGUUUUUCUUUUUGUUCCUUACAUUGGUUUCAUCGACCUUUCAGAUCUAGCAGUUUGGUGCCUUCAAUCGUUCAGUCAGCCAACCACCUCUGUCCAUCUGCUCCUGCCACCUCUCUCUCUGUCUGUUAUUCUUCCCUGCCUCUUGGCACAUCAUCCUGCACCCCUACAUAGGAGGUUGCUUGUUCUUACCUUCUUAGUAUUUUAGUCUAGAUAGCAAGUAAUAUGUGUACUUGGCUUGGUUGAAGUCGAACCAGUUGUUUAGGAGGUGAUGUAGAACAUAUUCACUCUCAUAAUACGUAUCGUUACUGUUGAUGCUGGUUGCUGCUCGAUAUGUAAGAAAUAAUUUUGAUUAAUAUUUUGUGGUCAGUCAGUUACUGUUGUGCUUGCUUUCAAGAAUAAACAAAGCUUUGGUUUCAAAUAUUUGAAUUGUGGCACCAUAUUUUCUCACUGCCUGUUUAUAAUUGAUGAAUAUAUUUGAUUAUUAGUGCUACGGCCAUGACAGCUUUACACAACAUCUGUUUGAAAGUGUCUCUGCCUCUGCUUCUCCCCCAAUCAUCCGUGUAGUAACAAGACACAGAAAUCUCGAUCAUUUCACUUUUUUUUUUUUUGCGUUUUUCAGUGUCUUGAAGACCCAUUAAAGACUGAUGGUCCUAUUGUUUGGGUAAAGUAAGAUCCCAAACUGAAACAUUCUGAUGGAUCUCAGCAUAAUGCAAGUUUUCACACGAGCACUUUAUUGUGCAGAAAGUGCAGUAAGAAUGUCAUCACACAAAUAUGGGGCAUUCAAGCUAAAUUUUCAUGGAUGGUGAACAAUUGUAACCUAUGAUACCAGCUAUUUUCAAGGAUGUUUGUGGUCUUCCAGUUGACUCUAGUUUGAUGUGUUAUUUGUAGGUUAUUACCAAGAGUAUUUUAACAGCACUUGUAACAAGCAUAUCCUUAUAAACUGUUACCCUUGCAUUAAUUUUUUAUCAUUACUCUAUGUAAUGAAUGCUUUAAGUGCAUAUUUGGUGUCAACAGAGCAUGGAAGACUUCCUCUUGGAAGCAAUUCUUAAUCUUGUUACAUGUCUGUGUCAGUGCUGUAACCGAAGAUGCAGAACUAUGACCUGUGGUGGGUGUAUAUUCUAGAGUUUUCAGUCACUAUUCACUGUACUAUUUACAUCGUUACUGAAAUCCUGCAUUGGGUUUAUGUAAUUCCUUAUGACUCGCCUCCAGUACACAUGACAAAAAUUUGCGUUGUUUUCCUAAAGAGCAGGCACUGAAAAUACAUGGUGAUAGAGCGAGCAGCUGUGUAAAUAGCACUAAAUUUGGUUAAUUUUGAUGAUAAUGUGUGGAAUGCCAUAUUCAUUUCAUUAAUGACCAAAGAGUCCUCUUGUUUAUGAGUUUACAGCUAGAAGAUUAUUUGCAUCUCUGUAUUAUCUGAGUUUAAUUUUGAAAUGUUGCCGCACAUGUGUGUCAAGUUUAAGGGAGUACAACCACCCGAUGAAGUAGACCAUAGUGCCUCGGAAAUAAGAGUGGAUUAUGUGACAGGAAUAGAAAGUGAAAGUAUGCCAAAGAAAUACUGCACAAUGAGUGAUAGCAAUCAAUAAGAAUCUCUGCAAUGUUGGAUGAUACUCAUAAGAAAGGAAAUUGAGAGCUGUGUCCUACAUACAGAAGUUAGCAAGCAGUUAUAAUUCACAGAUUGUUUUCUCCUUUCAGUCUGUUGAAGAUCCGUUGGGGAUAUCUUGGUCCACUGAUUUUAUCAAGGAGGAUCCUGAAUUAAAUUUGGAAAUGAAUGUAAUGGAGAAUAUGGUGGAAACCUCAACAAGAUAUGCAUCUGAUAGAGCAAGGUUGACUCAGAGCACUGGUGGUAGCUGUGGCAUAACAUGUGAAGAAACUUGUAACCAUAGACUGGUCCAGGAUGAGUUGGUGAUAGACAUGGAGAAGUCAACUCACGAGUUUGGUACUUAUCCAGAAUAUGUGACUGUUGAUAACGAAUGCUCAGUUGCCUCCCGAUAUGACUGUAAUACAAGGGAAAAUGAAUUACGUGUAUAUAGCUGUAAUUUCUGCCAACAGACCUUUCCUUCAAAAUAUAGGCUAAUAAUGCAUGUGUUUAUGCACACUGAUGGCAUGCAACCACCUUUGUAUAUUUGUAAGUGGUGUGGUGAUGUAUUUCACAGUAAUGUUAGCUUGAAAAAACAUUUGGGAAUGAGUGAGAAUUAUCAAGUUUUAACUGUUGCCAAUCAUGAAAAUUAUGGCUGUAGUGAUGAGCAUCAAAGCAGUAUUUUCUUGGAUAGUGAGCUAGAAGAUUCUGUCACAAAACACAAUGAGCUGAAUUCAUACAAGGAAGCAUGGAAAGCUGCAAACAAGUCCUCUAAUGACAUAUGUUAUACACAUGUGACAAAUGAUACUGAAAAAGAAACAAAUCAUUGUGGAACUUUAUCUACAACUGUUACUGUAAGUUCCCAGGGUGAUCUACUUACCACAAACAGAACCCAUAAAUGUGAUAUUUGUGGCAAAUCGUUUUUCCAGUCAGGCCAUCUCAAGUCACAUUGUUUAAUUCACACUGGAAAGAAACCUCACAAAUGUGAGAUUUGUGGGAAAUCUUUUACUAUGUUGGGCGACCUCAAGAAACAUUCAUUAAUUCACACUGGAAAGAAACCUCACAAAUGUGAGAUUUGUGGAAAAGCUUUCGCUAGAUUAGGGUAUCUCAAGACACAUGUAUUAAUUCACACUGGAAAGAAACCACACAAAUGCGAGAUUUGUGGGAAAUCUUUUGCUAGGUCAGGCGAUCUCAAGAGACAUGCAUUAUUUCACACAGGAAAGAAACCUCAUAAAUGUGAGAUUUGUGGGAAAUCUUUUACUAUAUUAGGCGAUGUCAAGAAACAUUCUUUAAUUCACACUGCAAAGAAACAUCACAAAUGUGAGAUCUGUGGAAAAUCUUUUGCUAGAUCAGGUUAUCUCAAGACUCACGAAUUAAUUCACACUGGAAAGAAACUUCACAAAUGUGAGUUUUGUUUGAAAUCGUUUGCCCAGUCAGGUCAUCUCAAGACCCAUUUCUUAAUUCAUACUGGAAAGAAACCUCACAAAUGUGAGAUUUGUGGGAGAUGUUUUGCUUUGUCAAGCAAUCUGAAGACACAUACAUUAAUUCACACUAGAAUGAAACCUCACAAAUGUGAGAUUUGUGGGAAGUCUUUUGCUAGGGCAGGCAGUCUUAAGACACAUUGUCUUUCACACUGGAAGGAAACCUCACAAACGUGAGAUUUGUGGGGAAAUCCUUGCUAUGUUGUGUGCUCUCAAGAGACGUGCAUUAAUUUACACUGGAAAGAAACUCCACGAAUGCGAUAUUUGUGGGAAAUCGUUUGCUAGGGCAGGCGAUCUCAAGAAACAACAUUCACACACACCAGGAAACGACAUUACAAAUGUGAUACUUGUGGCAAAUCAUUUGCCACAUCAGGCGAUCUCAAGACACAUGCAUUAGAACACAUUGGAAGGGGGACCUCACAAAUGUUAUAUCUGUCACAAAAUUUAACUCAGUUGGGUACUUUCAACAAAUUCAUUACCUCACAUCAGAAAGAAACUACAAGUGAGUGUUAGUAUACGCAAAUAGGUUUUCCUGGUUGGUGCCCUCAAGGCCUAUAAAAUAAUGGAUGUAAGAGGGGGACAAUAAAUUGUAAUGCCUAUGAAAUAACAUUGAAAUAUGAUGGAAUUGUGAAAAAACGUGCAACAAUGUGUACUAUAGAGUAGUAACAGAUAAUGUGACAAUAUAAAAAUCCAUAUCUGCAGUUCGAGAUGUCAAGAAAUUGUGUUACUAAAUACUCCAGGAACAUGAAUCAAAUGUGUAUUUGUCAUUGAAACUGUUGCUUUUCCUAUCGAUCUUGAGACAAAAAGAUUGUGAAUUGUGUGAUAAGUCCUUACCUUCGUCAGUAAUCUUAAGUACUAUGCAAUAUUCGGUAUAAGACCAAGGAAAUGUGAUGACUUCCUCAUCCUGCUCGUUAUUCCAAACAGAGUCAUUAUGUAGUACUUGUGACUCUGCAUUUUAGGAACAGUAACAGGAAAUACAUAUUCAUGGCACUUCCUUCACUAAGGCUAGUCAAUUCAACAUUGGAGAAACAUGACUAUGGCAAUUAUUUUACUGAGGUAUGUUUUCUCGAUAGAUUUGCUGUAUGUGUCAUUAAUAGCGUGUACAUUUAUGUUCUGUUAGAAGUAAUUCUGCAUUAGAAAAUGUAACAAGAAAUAGUAACCUGUUUGACAGCAUGUUUGUCCAAAUUUGGAACACAAUACCUGAAAAAUUCUACAUGAUAUGGACAUAUCGUUUACAUGUUCCUGGAUGUAUGUUGCACCAGUUGUAUUCCCUACAUUCAGAUCUUCUAAAUGGUGUGGUCACGACAUUAGUGUUAGUUCCCCUGCUACUCAGACCACUGUGGAGUCCUUCUGCACAUGUGACGCGGACUGUUAUCCUGCUCAUAGAUGCCUUCACCAUGGGAGAGCACAUGAGGUAUGAAGGAAUCUAUGGACCUGCAAUAAAGGUCACUUAGUCUGAAACUGUCAUGAUGCCUUCAGUUACUACCGGACAUCCCAAAGGAGCCCAAGUGACUGCCCGCAUAGCAUAAUGGUCCCCUCCUUGUGGUGCCAUUCAGCUAUAUGACAGCAUAUCUGGAUGUGGCAACUGACCUGGUGUCACAGGAAAUGUCACCCAUCCUAACAGUUGAUAGAUGACCUCUCUCCAACCUCAAUGUUCCCUUGCCCACUGCAGUUGCAAUUGAACAGUUUGGUGGAUUGGUAUGGAAACAUACAGAGACCACAUGUUGCAGAGCCCCAUGUUCAACAGUCUACAUUGAAUUGUGGUUUCAAAAACGUGUAUGGCUGCUCCAGCAGUGUUUUCCUUCAUUAGAUAUGUCACAUAUUGUCACAUGCCCAGCUUUACAGAGCAGGCAAGCCUCUGACCUUGAUGAUUUGUGAUGAAGUAUAGAUGUAUUAGAUCUUUUCAUACAGUGGUGGGUUUAUCACCCUUCAGCCAAUUUUCACAGACGUUCACAAAAAUAGCAUAGAUCCAGCCAACCAGCUUCACUACUUUUGAGGUGCUAGUUCCCAACUGCAACGCCACUGUAACUUGCCCUUUUCUAGUCACUUAUGUCAUUGGAUUUACAUGUUCAUAACCCUAUAAGGUAAGGUAGGGAAUGAGGAGGUUGUACACAGAAUCGGAGAGGAAAGGAAUAUGUGGAAAACACUGAUAAGGAGAAGGGACAGGAUGAUAGGACAUCUGCUAAGACUUGAGAGAAUGACUUCCAUGGUGCUAGAGGGAGCUGUAGAGGGCAAAAAGUGUAGAGGAAGACAGAGAUUGGAAUACGUCAAGCAAAUAAUUGAGGACGUAGGUUGCAGGUGCUACUCUGAGAUGAAGAGGUUAGCACAGGAAAGGAAUUCGUGGUGGGCCGCAUCAAACCAGUCAGUAGACUGAUGACACACAAAAAAAAAAACAUCUAAUUGGUAGGACAAUUCCUUGUUAAUCUCCAGUCUGCUUAUAUACUUGUAAUUUGUUUACUGCAUCAUGUGCAUACAGUGUGGCUUUCGUUCUCCUCACGGGCAAUGUUCAUGACAUUUUUGCUCAUCUUCAUGUAAAUAGUUCAGAUGCGAAAAUGUGUAAUGUAACGAAAUCGUUGUGCUUGGUUACCAUUAUCACCAGUGCACAAUAGCUAUAUUUUUUGUGAAAAUUUUUUGUUUGACAAAGCUCUGUACAUGAUUCAGAGAUAAUGUAGAUAAGUGUUAUACACCAAAGUUCUUAAUUAUUUGUUCAGCAUUUAAUACUGUGUAAGUUGUACACAAAAUGAAAUAUGUUAACGAACAUUAGGUGUUAAAAUUCGAUUCCAGUUAUUUGUAUACACAAGAAUAACACUUGGGAGAGCUCAGAACUUGAGUACUAAAUAUGACUUGUGUUAUAUUCAAAGAUAUUUCCAUUGUGAAUAUUUUUCUUAGUUUUUGUAAAUAAACAUGACAUUUUUAGAAAUCUGUAA